AUGCAGGCCACUUCUCUCCUUCAGUCGCGAUUGUCAAUUGUUCUCCUUUCAGUUUUCAUCGUUCUUCAACUUUUCCUUAUCUUUGGCAACAGAGAUACAUUGCUUCCGAAAUGGAGGUCGCAUUUGUCGACAUCAACACAGCAGACAGAAUACAGCAACCGCAUAUUCGACGAUACUUACAAUGAUAUCGAGACAGACGCAGAGCCGACUUCAUACCCAUCACAACCAGCUCACUCACCACCAGUGACCCAGACCUGGUCAUUCAACUCUUCCCGCGACGCUCGCAACCACGCGCUCAGCCCUUCUGAAUGCUCACUCGCUUUCCCUCAACUCUACCACGAACUCGAUCGAAGUGUCGAAUAUUGGCAAAGCCGCAACCACAAAAUCAGUCCUCAAGACACCAACGUCUCUUGGACAGGCAAAGGCGGGCUUCGCGCCUUAAUCUACGAGAACGAACUUCGCAUCCUCGAAACAAGAGAUACUCACCACUACAAAGACCGCCACGAUGCGCGCAGAGUCAUUUUCACCCUCAGCCAAAUCCACCGCGCAUUGCUCGGAGCCACAGCACGAGGCGGAACGAUUCCCAACAUCGAAUUCGCCAUCGCAGUAAACGAUCACGUGGAACUACCCGAUGGUGAAAGUGACACCCACACAGCUUGGACUUUCGAUCGCAGAAUCUCUAGUCACAAAGACGAGCGCAUGUGGCUUAUGCCGGAUUUCAAUUUCUGGGCGUGGAUCCCCAUUCACAACGCGUAUCAGGAUGCGCGACGACGAGCCGCUUCACACGAUAGUCCGAUCGAACAGAAAAUCCCUCAGAUCGUCUGGCGAGGAAAUCGACAUAUCAAUCCUGAACUUCGAGGCGCGUUACUGCAAACUGGGAAAGGACAACCAUGGGCAGAUUUGGAGGGCGGGUGGCUAGAUAUCGAGGACUUUUGUCGAUAUCUAUUCGCUGCGUACACAGAAGGACACAGUUGGUCUGGAAGAAUGAAAUAUAUGCUCAGUUGCGAUAAUGUGGCGGUGGUGCAUGAGUUGGAAUUUGUGACUUUUUAUCAUCAUUUGUUGAAGGCUGAGGGGCCGGAGCAAAAUAUUGUGAGUGUGAAGAGGGAUUGGUCGGAUUUAGAAGAGAAGGUACAACAUUAUCUGGGCAACCCGGAGGAGACGAGGAGGAUUAUUGAGAAUUCGGUACAGAUGUUCAGGGAGAGAUAAUUGACUCCUGCGGCGGAGGCGUGUUAUUGGAGGGAGAUGUUCAGAAGGUAUAGGGAGGUUGCAUACGAGCCGGAGCCGU